AUGACUGAAGGAAAAAAAUUAAAAACCAAAACUGUUUGUGUUUAUAAUUCUAAUUUAUUUACUGAAUUUUCUAAAGAUGUCUUAAAUUUGUAUAAGAGAACUAGUUCUGAAAUAGAGAAAAUUAGAGCAUCUAAUCAUGCUUUUACUAAAGAAAUUGGUAGAUACUUGGACAGAGAAGAUUCCUGA